AUGUCCACCACCCCCACCCUCCCCCACCACCUCCUCACCCUCGCCCAAACAGACGCCUUCACCCCCCUCCCCCCGGCCUCCCUAGCCGGCAUCUACACCACCCCCCCUUUCGUCCCCAUCCCCGACACCUUCAACACCCGCGACCUCGGCCUGCUCCCCGGCUCGCCCAUCCGCCCCGGGUUAAUCUACCGCACGGGCGGUUUCCUCGCCGGCAUCUCCCCCGCGGGCGCCGCCGCGCUCGCGGGGCCGCCCCUGCGCAUCAGGAAGGUCUUUGACCUGCGCUCGGCGGCCGAGCACGAGCGGAGGCCGGAUCCGGCGGUGGAAGGGGUGGAGAUGGUUUGGUUGGCGCCGGGGGAGGGGGGGGUUGUGGAUAUGGAGUUGUAUGAGGAGGGGGAGGGGGAGAGGGGGAUUGCGAGGGCGUAUGUGGAUGUGUUGAGGCUGUAUGAGGCGGGGAUUAGGGGGGUGUUGGAGCAGGUGAGGGAUGGGAGGGGGGAGGAGGCGGUGUUGUUUCAUUGUAAUGCUGGGCGUGACCGGACCGGUGUCGUGGCGGGGCUGUUGCUGACGCUCGCGGGCGCGAGCGAGGAGCUGAUCGCCUUCGACUACAUCCUGUCGCGUGUCGGGAUCGAGCCGGCGCGCGAGAAGCUGCUGGCGUCUCUCGGCAAGGGGCAGAUGAACGUCGACAUGGCCGCGCCUGGCUUCCGGAACUUGGCUAACCUCAAGGCUAGCUGCUGGAAGGCCUUUGCCAAGGCUGUCGAUGCCGAGUACGGCGGGUUUGAGGGCUAUGUCACGGGCACGCUGGGGUUCUCAGAGGAGGAGGUCGCUAAGAUCAGGAGCAACCUCAUGGUGCAGAACUGA